CAUGUCAAAAAAGGCUGCACACUACUACUUCUUGACCUUCUGCAUUACUUUACGCUCUGGAUAACUAUGUGGCAAAUUAAAUCUCGCAACAGGAUCAACGAGAUGAGAUGGCUGAAGUUAUGAAGUUAGUGGAUGUGGCACGAGUUGUGCGUAGGCAAGGGGAAUAUAGUCUCACUCUGAUUUCUCCUGACAUCUAUAAGUUCCUCUUUAUUUAUUAUCAUACAGCUUUUAUUAUCUAAAUAGCACACGGAUGAGAACUUGAUUUAAACUGGCUGUAUUUUUUGUAUUUUACAACUUUAAGUGUGUGGCUUCAUGAAAUUGUUUGCAGGGCGCUCGGCAGACCGGUAGCUGUAUAUGGAUUAAGACUGAAAAUGAGAUGUUCAUUUCUGCGACUAAGAAGAAAGCAGUACGUCCUUUCACUCGUGUUACUGCUGACUCUCUGUGUACUGCUAUUCAUGCAAAACUACUCCGUUGGACCUUUGCUUCCUUCAGCUCUUCCAGAUGACAUCCAGACAUUUCGCACAUAUAAUAUUGACUGCUCGGCCAUAUAUGACAUGUACCCGGUGGAGGUGGGUAAAUCGCUGAUCAUCAGGAGGAAACAAAAUGUGGAGGACACGGAUGAAAGGCUGAUUAACCUCACCAUAAACUGCUCUUUAUUCAUCAAGUCCAGAGGUUAUGACAAAGUGUGCCUCACUGAGGAGGAGAAAGACUUCCCCCUUGCUUAUUCUUUAGUUGUGCAUAAAUCUGCGGUGAUGGUGGAGAGACUUAUCAGAGCAGUUUACUCACCGAAUAAUAUCUACUGUAUCCACUAUGAUCAGAAGUCUUCAGCUCAGUUUAUUGCAGCCAUGGAUGGUUUAGCACAGUGUUUGCCCAACGUCUUCAUAGCCUCCAAGCGAGAAACCGUCUAUUAUGCAAGCAUCACUCGACUAAAAGCCGACCUGAACUGUCUGUCUGACCUUUUGGAGUCAAAAGUUCAGUGGAAGUAUGUCAUCAAUCUCUGCGGACAAGAUUUCCCCCUCAGAACCAACAUAGAGCUGGUGUCCGAACUGAAGAAGUUAAAUGGCAAAAAUAUGUUGGAGACAACCCGACCGUCUGAGCAGAAAAAGGGGAGGUUCACCUUUCACUACGAGCUGAAAGAUGUCAACUCUGCUUUUAAAAAAACGCUGCAGAAAACGGAGCAACUUAAAACCCUGCCUCCUCAUGGUAUUGAGAUGUUCGUUGGCAGUGCCUACUUUGUCUUGUCACGUGACUUUAUUGUGCAUGUUGACUCCUCCGUUGUGGUGAAAGAUUUUUUGGCGUGGUCAGAGGACACUUACUCACCUGAUGAACACUUCUGGGCCACGCUUGUGCGACUGCCUGGCGUACCUGGGGAGGUGCCCAGAUCCCAGCCUGAUAUCACUGACCUGAAGAGUAAGACAAAGCUGGUGAAGUGGCAUUACCUGGAGGAGAAACUCUACCCACCUUGCACAGGACAACACGUCCGCAGUGUAUGUAUUUAUGGUGCAGCGGAGAUGCGUUGGUUACUGAACUAUGGUCAUUGGUUUGCCAAUAAGUUUGACCCAAAAGUGGACCCCAUUAUCAUUCAGUGCCUUGAGGAGAAGCUGAAAGAAAGACAAAAGCUUUUCCAAUCAGCGGCAUCAACAACCUGUCGGAAAGGAUAACCUACCUAAGCUAAAGUAUAAACCUUUUAUAAUUAGUCGAUUCACCAAAUCAUUCAUUUACAGAAAUGUUUGGGAAUCAAUUAAUCAUUUAAGUUGGUAGAAGUUAUCAUUAUGGAUUCAUCUGUCAAUUGUUUUCUUGAUUAUUUAUAAAAUGUGAUGUUUCCCAAAACCCAAAAUGACAUCUUUGAAUGUUUUGUUUUGUCCAAAACCCAAAUAUGUUCAGUUUACUGUGAUAGAACACUAAAGAAACCAGAAAGUAUUCACAUUUGAAAGGAUGUAAAGAGAGAAUUUUAGCAUUUUUCCUUAAGAAAAUUACUCAAAAUGAUUAAUUGACUGUCAAAAUUUGAGAUUGACUGAUGAAUUAAGAAGAAUUUUAGGGCAUUUUUUUUCUGUAAGUAUGAAAAACAUUUUAUACUUCGAGCUUCUCAAAUAGUUUGUUUCAGCUCUACUAAUGUGUGCAAUAUUUGGUCGCAGGACUGUGUUAAUAUGGCAUCAAAGAGAUGGCGUCUUUCUCACACUCACUGUCAAAGGGUGUAAAUACUUCAGGGCUUUUUAAACAAUUGACAUAAAUGUGGUGUCGACAUUUUGUAUCAUUAACACUUCAGAGCUUAAACGAUAGGUUCACAUUUAAGUCUGCCUUAUAUGAUAUAUGGUGCGUUACAUACAUUAGGGGGGUUGUGCAAGUUACAAUCUAUGGACCCGACUACGACUCUGUAAUAUCAGCAGCCUAACUGUGCUGUGUAUUGAUAAAUCUAUGAUGAUGUUCGAGGUGCUAAAGCAUCAGACGGAUUUAUAAUUGCUCCUUUUUUUCUCAAUCCCACCCUUCUGUCAGUUUUAUAGCAGUUCUAUUAACUCAAAAUUACAACUGAUGCAAUAUUGAUAUCAAAGAAGCCAUACAGAAGUCUCUCUUAAGCGCAGCAGCAACCGACAAAGGGAAAGAGAAAGUGUGGCAGCACCAGAAAUGAACUGAGCACAGUGAAAAAAGUGCCUUUGCAUGCUCUCAUUUUUUCU